CAGCCCCAGGGAAGAGGCUGAGUUGUCCUUGUGGAAUCAGGGAGCCCGAGGGGCGGUCACCCUUCGGUGCCUCUGAUGGAGGCGGCUUGGACGGUGGCCGCGGCCUCAGUGGAGCCUGAAGUCAGCAGAGUUGAUCUUGGACGCCCUCCCACUUUCCUCGCUCUCGCUCCCCCUCCUCCCCGCGGUGCUGAGCCCAGCCAGGCCCCUGCUCCAGGACCGGGAAGCAAAGCGGCUGUCAUUUCCGGACUAGUCACCAUGCACCAGGCCCUGUCGAAGCUCUGUCUUACUGUUCCCACUUCACAGAUGAGAAAACUGAGGCCGCGGCAGGUGAUGCUGCCCCUCUCCCUCGAGCCUGGGGCCUUUGGACACGGGGACAGUCUGGACAGGGAGAAAGUCAAGCUGCAGGUCAGAGAGGUGCAAACGGUCACCACACCCUGAUGUAGGCCUUGGCUGUUCCCACCCUCUGCGAGUGUGAGAGGUGCACCAGAUGGUGGUUCCCAGCUCUUCGAUGUCACAGGAUCUUCCAGUGAUUGAGUGAAGCCUCCCCCGACCCUAUUACUGAGGGGCAGCCUCUUUACUUAAAACCAACUGACUGCAGAUGCUACCACAUCUCCCAAAUGCACACACGGACUGCCAGGUGAGGGUGAUGGAGGAAACGGUGACCAAUGCCGAGAAGUACUUCGGCCAGUUCUGCUUGCUGCUGGCUGCCUACACCCGCAAGACGGCCCGUCUGCGAGACAAGGCCGACAAGCUGGUCAAACAGCUCAUCGACUUCGCCAACACUGAGAACCUGGAGAUGCGGACCACCCUGAGGAACUUCGCAGAGGACCUGGCCAAAGUACAGGAUUACCGGCAGGCUGAGGUGGAGAGGCUGGAGUUCAAGGUCGUCAACCCCCUGAAACUCUACGGGACACAGAUAAAGCAGACCCAGGCUGAGAUCAAGAAAUUCAAACAUGUCCGGAACCAUGAGAUCAAACAACUGGAAAAACUGGAGAAGCUGAGACAGAAGUCCCCUUCGGACAGACAGAUGAUCUCCCAGGCGGAGACCUGUGUGCAGAGAGCCUCGGUGGAUGCCGGCCGUACCACCCACCAGCUGGAGGAGACGGUCAAUGCCUUCCAGAAGCAGAAGCUAAAGGACCUACAGAAAAUUUUGUCGGAUUUCGUGACCAUUGAGAUGGUCUUCCAUGCCAAAGCGGUGGAGGUAUAUUCCAGCGCCUUCCAGACUCUGGAGAGGUACGAUCUGGAGAGAGAUCUGGAGGAUUUUAGAGCCAAGAUGCAUGGAGUUCACAGGCCUUACGGGCCUCGCGACGCUCGGCCGCUCACGGACACCGGCCCGGCCGCGGCUGCUCCGUGGUCUCUCGCCCAGAGUGCUCAGAGCACCAUGCGAAGCCAGAGAAAAGAAGCAGAGAGCGAGGACAGCUCUGCCGAGGACCCCGUGGAGGACCUCAGGGGGCAGGGGCAGGGCCUCCACCACUAGGACGAGAACUCCCGAGACGGGGGAACGGGGCUGACGCUGGUUGCUUGGGGGCUCUGCUGUGUCUCUGAGCCUCUGUUUCCUCAUCCGUACGACAGGGAGAGUAUCACUCUCAGGACGCUCUGGGGAUCAAGGUGCCAGCCGGGUGCCUGGUGUAUAGCUGGUGCUCAAUAAAUGUGGGUGCAUCUCACCCU